UAAGUCAGUCAUUCACCAAGUUGCCAGACCACCACGCACAAACGUAACAAUUAUGAAGGCCUUUAUCGUUCUCGCAUGCCUCGCCGUCGCAUCGGCUCACCCCGGUCUUAGCCACGGUGGUUAUGGUGGACAUGGAGGUGGCUAUGGAGGACUUAGUGGUCACGGAGGAGCUGGUCUCAGUGGUGGACUCGCCGCUGGUGCCGGAACCGCAGCCUCCCUUCAGGGUGGUGCAUCCAGCUUAGGAUCCGGUGGUCUUGGCGCUAGCUACGCUGCUGGAGCUGCUGCUGCUGCUGGAUCCGCAGGAGUUCAACAGAUCGUCUCUGGAGGAGUUCUCGGUGGAAGGUCCGACAUUGGACCCGCAGAAGGACCAAAGGCUAACGUAGGACCCCAGACCGGACCGUCAGACCUCGUUGGACCCCAAGAAGGAGCUAAGUCCAUUGGAGGACCGCGUACUGGACCAGCCAGCCUUGUUGGACCCGCUGCCGGCCCAUCCACCCUCGUAGGACCAUCCCAAGGAACUGCCACCCUCGUAGGACCAUCCCAGGCUACCGCUAACCUCGUUGGACCUAGCUAUGGUGGUGUUGCUUUCUACGCCGGAUCCGGUGGAAUCAACGGUGACGACGGUAGCUCUGGCUCCGCCGCCGCUGCUGCUCCCGGAGCUGGUCUUGGAGGUCUUGGUUAUGGAGGCCCAGGUGCCAUCGCCGUCAUCGGAGGAGGUCCAGGAAUCGCUGGUGGAAUCGGUGGACACGAUGCCGGAGUUGCUGUGAUCAACGGGCCAUCUGGUGCCAUCCACGCCGGACUCGGCUCCCACGGAGCUAUCAUCCCCGGUAAAUCCUGGUAAACGAGUCAACAUCUCAGCGAUCUCGGCUUGGCGACGGCGGCAACCUCCCACAGUUUUACCGGUCAAUGAUCCUCAACGCUCUGAACGUAUUCUUUCCAAAGCUUAAUCCAUCUUAGGAGCAUGGCACACAUUGAAGUAGUCAGUCAGUCACACAGUGAUAGUCAGUCCGGCUGCUCGGACAUCCUUUAGGAGACACGGCCAGUGAGGCGGAAGAAUGCCAAAUCGACACCUGCUCUGGCAGGGGGAACGGGCGAACCGAUCCGGGGUAACCGCGCGUCGCGAUCCUUGCCGAGAUCCCUUUGGUAGUUGGGAUCCAGGAAAAUUUAGUCAAUUCCCGUUCAUCCUGAGACCGCGAGCGCCUAUCCUGUCAACCAUAAGCAUAGACGGCUUCUAGACAUUCAUCUGCCUCGCUUGUGCUCCAAUUACACAUCAUUGGUUCGCUGAUGUUUCUAUGAACCUGUCAAUGGACGAGCUUUGGCGCCUACACAUGAGCAAAAAACCUGGGCUUGUUCUGUUUUCUGAACAUCCAUUGUUGUUUCAUGCACCACCUUACGUGUUCCAUCUUCCGUAGGCUGCCGCUAUCACGCACAUUUUUUUAUAUUUUUUUUUUAUUUCAACCACCCCUCGAGAUGAGGCAUAUGGUAUUUGCACCUUAUGUCUCACAGUUGUUAUACUCACUGUCGCACCCAAGCAUACACAUUAUUAUCACAUACUCUACCAUGCGCAUAUAUGCCUUCGAUUUAGUAUAUAUUUUCAUAUAUACUACUUCUUUCUUCUUCGCACACAAGACCAUAUAUAUACAUACACAUACACAUGACAAAGUAUACUAUAUGCGUAUACCUUUUAUUCGUAUGUUUAUAUAUGCUACACAUGCCUCGUGUUAUGUAGUGAAGGAGACCGGUAGAUUAUGGUAGAUCAGCCGUUCCCGUGAGUGAAUGAAUGUACAUAGAUGGCGCGCCGCCGCCGGCCCCAGACCCCGCCCGCCUUCGUCAUACCCUUUCUUUGCGAUCACGACUAGCACCCCACCACCACAAUAGAUAGAUACCACGUAUUUAUAGUGUUUAUACAUUUAUACAAUACUUUAUAUAAAAUAAAGCAUCAGUAUUUAAAACUCGAA